ACUAGGCCGGAAGCAGACGAACCGUGAUUGCAGUUUAUGAGUUUGAGCUGGUUUGUUUUUCUUCUUGUUUUUUCAAUUGCUAAGAUAAUUUCAAAUGGUGGCUUCUAGAUCUUCUAGGAUAUUGUCCCCUAUAUGGAAACGAAUCAUAAGAAAUGUUGUUGAGUCAACCAUCGUUUCUUCUAGGAAUAUUUCAAGCUCACUUGUGCCACUUAAACAGCACCUAGACAAAAAUUUUCUGGAUUCAGCAACAACUAAAUUUAGUAAGAGUUAUCCACAGCCAGUUUUUGAGUCUCAUCCUAACUUGCUGAAAAAAGGAGAGAUUACUCCGUUGAUUCACAAAGAUGAGUAUAAAGAGAGGCGUACAAAGCUAAUGCAAAAAGUCUUCCAACAGAGUGAUGGUUCAAAAGCCAAUAUUGUUGUAGUUCAAUCAUCUUCAAAACUUUACAUGUCAGGCAAAAUCCCGUAUGUUUUUAGGCAAGAUUCAGAUUUCUUUUAUCUCACUGGAUGUUUAGAACCUGAUGUUGUUCUAGUUAUGGUCUCAUCACCAUGUUCCGACAAAUAUGAGUCUAUUCUAUUUAUACCCAAAACAGACCUAAAUACAGAAGUAUGGGAAGGUCCUAAGCUUGAUCUGGAUUUUUGUGUCAACAUUCUCGGAAUUGAGCAAGCAAACUAUGAUUCACAGAUUGCUCCAUUUGUGUGCUCUUACAUAAAACAGAAUCAUUUAAACGGUGUACAAAUAUGGCGAGAUCAUGGACGAUCAUUCCGCAUCAUCGACGACGUCAUCACUCAGAAAGGUGGCUCAAUAGCCACACUGGAUUAUGUUCCGUUAAUUCACAACUUGCGAGUCAUCAAAUCAAAAUCCGAACAGGAAUUGAUGAGAAGAUCUUGUUCCAUAAUAGCUGAAGCCACCAUCGAAACCAUGAAGAAAUCGAAGCCUUCGAUUUGCGAGUCUCAGUUGUGGGCGUGUGUUGAAUACCACAGCCGAAUGAGUGGGGCCCAAUAUUUGGCGUAUCCUCCCGUUGUUGCUGGCGGUCCUCGAGCCAAUACCAUCCACUACAUCAAUAAUAAUCAGUUAAUUAAUAACGGUGAAAUGGUGCUCAUGGAUGCUGGGUGUCAAUAUCAUGGGUAUACGAGUGACAUGACAAGAUGUUGGCCUAUAAAUGGGAAAUUCACCAGCCAUCAAACCGAAGCAUACGAAGCGUUGCUUGAUGUGCAAUUAGAUUUGAUUCAAUUCUGCAAUGAGCGCCCUCCUUUAGAUAUUCUUUUUCAAAGAAUGUGUCGUCAGUUGGGGAAAAAUUUGCAGCAAAUUGGAUUUGGAAAGGAUGCUAAAAGUUGCGUUGAACGUGCUCAGAUGGCGUAUUCAGUCUGCCCCCAUCACGUUUCCCAUUAUUUAGGAAUCGAUGUUCAUGAUACCGGCAAAAUUCAUAGAAAUAUUCCCUUAGAGACCGGCAUGGUAAUCACGAUCGAACCUGGACUGUACGUCGACCUGAAUCGCUCAAUAGCACCCAAAGAAUUUCACGGGUUGGGAUUGCGGAUUGAAGAUGACAUUUUAAUCACCGAAACUGGUGUCGAAGUUCUAACCCAAUCCUGUCCGAAAACAGUAGCCGAAAUUGAAAGUAUAAUGAGAUAACAAAUUUCAAUUGCGAUUACUUUGUAAAAAAAAAAAAAUAAUAAAUUAGUUGGUUUGCUUUAAAGUAAACAUAAU